GUUUAAAUUAUAGCGGGACUUUCACUCACACUACAUUUAAAGCUGCGAUUUUGUAAGAAUUAAUCAUUUUUUACCAAAAAUGUCGGACUACCAGUUCGGAGUCUGUCCGUACGACCAGAAUCACCGCAUUAUGCUGUUCCGGAUGCCCAAGCACAUUGUGAAGUGCGAGAAGAACUACCGCGGACCGCCGUUGAAGAUUUGCAAAUACAACGCCGCUCAUCGCGUUCUGGACAUGGAGGAGCACCUGAAGGAGUGUGAUUAUUAUCAACGCAGCAUCGACAACCAGGCUGUGCAGAUAGCCCUGAGCACUCGUAUUGCACCCAUCCAGGAAGAUGGUCAUAGUGUCAACACACCACUUUAAAACCAGAUCAUAUAAUAACACGUACUUGUAUACCUUAUAUAUACCCCAGAAAAAAGCUUCUUGAAGAAGCGCCACAUAUUUUUCCUUUCAUUGCAACCUUGCUAUAAUUAAAAUAUAUUUACGGUGAGAAUCUUAAACAAGAAAAG